CUAGGCAUACACCUUCCACCAGGCGUGAACCCUGCUCACAACGGCCGCGUGUGCAGCACAUGGGGUAACUACCACUUCAAGAUGUUUGAUGGAGACGUGUUUAAUCUCCCCUCCACCUGCAACUACGUCCUCACCUCGCAGUGCAAGAGCAACUACGAGGACUUCAACAUCCAGAUGAGACGAGCGGUCGUCAACGACCUGCCCACCAUCAGCACCAUAACCAUGAAGCUGGAAGGGACAGUUCUGGAAAUAACCAAGAACGCCAUCUCGGUCAACGAGAAGCAGGUUACCCUGCCUUUCAGCCAGUCUGGUGUCCUGAUUGAAAAGAUCAAUUCUUUCAUCAAGGUCACGGCUAAACUCGGGCUGGUUGCCAUAUGGAACGAGGAUGAUUCUCUUGUGCUGGAACUCGAUGCCAAAUAUAUGAACCAGACGUGUGGCCUCUGUGGGGACUUCAAUGGAGUUCAGGUCUAUGAUGAGAUCAUUCAAAAUGGUGUGAAAAUAUCUCCUCUGGAUUUUGCAAACUUCUGGAAGAUGGAUAGCCCAACAGAAACAUGCAUUGAACUCAGUCCUCCAUCUGAGGACGAGUGCGCCGAUGUGAGACCAUUGUGUGAGCAGAUUCUGUCCAGCCCUACCUUCGCCACCUGCAAGGACCUGGUACCUAUAGAAGCGUUUGUCGAUGCCUGUGUUAAAGACAUGUGCCAGUGUAACAACAUCACUAACCAUUUCUGCAUGUGCAGUACCAUCUCUGAAUACUCGCGGCAGUGUGUGCACGCUGGCGGAAAACCCAAGAACUGGAGAACAGAUCAAUUCUGCGGUAAGAAAUGCCCAAUGAACAUGGAGUUCCAGGAGUGUGGGAUUCCCUGCACUGACACCUGCUCCAACCCUGACCGAGGUCACCUCUGUGAGGACCACUGCACUGAUGGCUGCUUCUGCCCAGCAGGAACUGUUUUUGAUGACAUUAACCAGAGUGGCUGUAUCCCGCUACAAAAGUGCUCGUGCAGCUACAAUGGAAAAACAUACAGUCCUGGAGAGUCUUACUCCAGCAACUGCCGUCACUGCACCUGCAAUGAAGGACAGUGGACCUGCAAUGACCUGGACUGCCCUGGAUACUGUUCUGUUAAGGGAGGGUCCCACAUCACCUCAUACGAUGGCCAAGACUUCACCUUCCACGGAGACUGUUCCUAUGUCCUCUCAAAGACUUGCCAAAGCAAUGCAUUUACAGUGCUCGGUGACAUUGUCAAGUGCGGGCUGACAGACACAGAGACAUGCCUAAAGUCUAUCACCCUUGCUAUUGCAGGAGGACAAAGCGUCUUCAGCAUCAAUCCAAGUGGAAAUGUUUACAUGAACGGCAUGUUCGCUCAGCUGCCAUUGUAUACAGCCAAUGUAACCAUCUUCAGACCAUCCUCGUUCUACAUCUUUGUUCAAACCUCCUUUGACCUGGUGCUGGAGAUCCAGCUCACUCCCAUUAUGCAGGUCUACAUCAUUGCAGGUUUCCCUUACAAGGGUCAGACAUGUGGGCUCUGCGGUAAUUUUAACGACGUUCAGGCUGAUGAUUUCAAAGUCAGCAGCGGAGUGGUGGAGGGAACGGCCUCUGCCUUUGCCAACAGCUGGAAGACCCAAGCGAGCUGCCCAGAUGUCAAGGACACCUACGAUAACCCUUGCAGUCUGAGUGUUGAGAAUGAGAAAUACGCCCAGCACUGGUGCUCCAUGCUGCUAGACCCUCAGGGUUCUUUUGCUGCCUGCCAUCCCGUGAUCAACCCUGCCACCUACAAAACAAGCUGCAUGUACGACAGCUGUAACUGUGAGAGGAGCGAGGAGUGCAUGUGUGCAGCCAUCUCCUCGUACGUCCGUGCCUGCGCUGCUAAGGGGGUCCAGCUGGACGGCUGGAGAAGCAGCAUCUGCACCAAGUACACCUCCUGCCCUAAGACGCUGACCUACAGCUACAGCAUGACCGGCUGUGAUCGCACCUGCCGCUCCCUCAGUGAGCCGGACUACACCUGCAAGGUGAAGUUUGUACCUGUGGACGGGUGUGGGUGUGCAGAGGGGACCUACAUGGACGAGGAAGGCAAAUGCGUCCCACCUGCUAGCUGCCCGUGUUACAACAAGGGGUCAGUUGUGCCAGCUGGAGAGGUCAUCACCAGGGACGGAGCCAUGUGCACUUGCAAGCAAGGGAAACUGAACUGCAUUGGAGAAUCUGCACAACCAAGCUGCGUAGCACCAAUGGUCUACUUUGAUUGUAGCAAUGCUACAAAAGAUACACGUGGAUCUGAGUGUCAGAAGAGCUGUCAGACCCUGGAUAUGGAGUGUUACAGCAUAGAGUGUGCCUCCGGCUGCGUGUGCCCACAGGGUCUGCUUUCAGAUGGGAGGGGAGGCUGUGUCUCUGAGAACCAGUGUCCUUGCAUCCACAACGGAGCCUCCUACAAACCUGGAGAGACAAUCAAAGCAGACUGCAACACCUGUACUUGCAAGGACAGAAAAUGGCAGUGUACAGAUAAACAGUGCCAGGGUACCUGUGCCAUCUACGGAGACGGGCAUUACAUCACUUUUGAUGGGAAGAGGUUCAGCUUCAAUGGAGACUGUGAAUACACCCUCACUCAGGACUACUGCAGUGGCAAUUCAGCCAAUGGCACCUUCAGAGUGAUCACUGAGAACAUUCCCUGUGGCACCACAGGGACCACCUGCUCCAAGGCCAUCAAGCUGUUCCUCGGGAACACUGAGCUGAUACUGUCUGAAGGACACUACCAGGUGGUCCAGAGAGACUCGGGGGAAGAGUUACCCUACAAGAUCAGCACCAUGGGAAUUUACAUGGUCAUCGAAGCCAAGAACGGAUUAAUCCUCAUGUGGGACAAGAAGACCAGCAUGUUCAUCAAACUCAGCCCCAAUUUCCAGGGUCACGUCUGCGGCCUGUGCGGUAACUACGAUGGGAAUGGACAGAACGACUUCACUACCAGGAGCCAGGCGAUGGUUGUAAACGCCCAGGAGUUUGGAAACAGCUGGAAGGUCUCUCCCAGCUGCCCCGACGCGAAGGUCACAAGAGACCCCUGUGUCUCCAACCCCUACCGGCAGUCAUGGGCUCAGAAGCAGUGCAGCAUCAUCAAGAGCAAAGUGUUCAUGGCCUGCCACUCUCAGGUGGACCCCACUCCGUACUACGAUGCCUGCGUGAGAGACUCCUGUGCAUGUGACUCUGGGGGAGACUGCGAGUGUUUCUGCACAGCUGUGGCCUCCUAUGCUGAGGCCUGUAAUGAGGCUGACGUGUGCGUUGCGUGGAGAAGCCCUGAGAUUUGCCCGCUGUUCUGUGAUUACUACAACCCCGCUGGCGAGUGUGAGUGGCACUACAAGCCCUGUGGAGCUCCCUGUAUGAAGACCUGCCGGAACCCCAGUGGGACGUGCUCCAGCCAGAUCCCAGGAUUGGAAGGUUGCUAUCCAAAAUGCCCACCGAACCAGCCCUAUUUUGAUGAGGAUUCGAUGAAGUGUGUAAAACAGGAAGACUGCGGUUGCUAUGACGAUGAAGAAAAUCACUAUAAAAACGGAGAGGAGGUUCCCUCCACAGAGAACUGUCAAUCAUGCUCCUGUAAAUCUGUGGAAGUGCAUUGCAGCUAUGAUGUUCACAAAUGUUACUGUACCUACCACGGGAAUAUGUAUCCAAAUGGUGCAACAAUCUACAACACCACUGAUGGCUUAGGAAGCUGUAUAACUGCUACCUGCGGAGAAAAUGGCACCAUUUACAGAAACAUCUACAACUGCGAGACAACAAAAACACCGCACACCACAUCGCCACCAUGCAACAACAAAGAUAAUCCAACCACAUGCUUAAACUAUGAGAUCAGUGCAUACUGCUGCAACCUUGUGAGCUGCGGUGCGACGACAAGUGCACCACCUGUGACCAGCAGCAAGUCAACCACUCACCCAGUCACCCCACCUACAUCCCCUGAAACCACACCGCUGACCACUCGCCCAGUCACCGCAUCUACAUCCCCUGAAACCACACCGCUGACCACUCGCCCAGUCACCCCAUCUACAUCCCCUGAAACCACACCACUGACCACUCACCCAGUCACCCCACCUACAUCCCCUGAAACCACACCGCUGACCACUCGCCCAGUCACCGCAUCUACAUCCCCUGAAACCACACCGCUGACCACUCGCCCAGUCACCGCAUCUACAUCCCCUGAAACCACACCGCUGGCCACUCGCCCAGUCACCGCAUCUACAUCCCCUGAAACCACACCGCUGGCCACUCGCCCAGUCACCCCAUCUACAUCCCCUGAAACCACACCGCUGACCACUCGCCCAGUCACCGCAUCUACAUCCCCUGAAACCACACCGCUGACCACUCGCCCAGUCACCGCAUCUACAUCCCCUGAAACCACACCGCUGGCCACUCGCCCAGUCACCGCAUCUACAUCCCCUGAAACCACACCGCUGGCCACUCGCCCAGUCACCCCAUCUACAUCCCCUGAAACUACACCGCGGACCACUCACCCAGUCACCGCAUCUACAUCCCCUGAAACUACACCGCUGUCCACUCGCCCAGUCACCCCAUCUACAUCCCCUGAAACUACACCGCUGACCACUCGCCCAGUCACCGCAUCUACAUCCCCUGAAACCACACCGCUGGCCACUCGCCCAGUCACCCCAUCUACAUCCCCUGAAACCACACCGCUGGCCACUCGCCCAGUCACCGCAUCUACAUCCCCUGAAACCACACCGACCACUCGCCCAGUCAUCCCAUCUACAUCCCCUGAAAGACCUCCGACCAUUUCAACCGAAGUCCCUUACACCACAAGCCCUGCAACCACCUGCAGGCGUCCCUGUAAAUGGUCCCAGUGGUUUGAUACCAAUUUCCCAACUCUGGGUAUGGGAGGUGGAGACUCAGAAACCUAUGACAAGAUCUACCAUGAGACUUGGAAGAUUGAUAAAUGCACAAUAGCAACAUGCGAAGGAGGCUCCACAGUCAAUAUGGAGCCUGUGCCGUGCAAGGCUGUGGAACCCAUUGAAUGUGUAAAUGACCUCCCGCCAGUUAAGGUGUAUGAUGAAUCUGGAUGCUGCUACCAGUAUGAAUGUCAAUGCACCUGUUAUGGAUGGGGAGAUACUCACUACACCACCUUUGAUGGAACAAUCUACGACUUCCAAGGAGACUGCACAUACGUUCUUGUGAAGGAGAUCACACCCAAAUACGGCAAUUUCAGCAUAAUUGGAGAAAACUACCUGUGUGACGCUGCAGACGGCCUCUCCUCCUGCUCGCAAUCCCUCACUGUGUAUUACAAGAACCACGAGGUGUUCAUGACACAGCUGCUAGUCAAUGGACAGAAGAUGAGCAAGAUUAUGUUCGAUAACAAACCAAUCAUCCCAGACUUUUCAAGAGAUGGCAUCCAGAUCUCAAACACAGGAAUUGAAAUCAAUGUGUACAUCCCUGAGAUCAACGCUCAUGUGUCCUUCACUGGCCUGGUGUUCCUCAUCCAGCUUCCCUACUCACUCUUCCAGGGCAACACAGAAGGACAGUGCGCAUCUUGGGCCUUGUAG